AUGAUGAAAAAAAAAGAAUUACUAAUUCCGAUUAGAUUAAUUGUAAUCACAAUUUUAAUUGGAGUGAAAAGUGAUGGACAAAUUGUGGUUGACACGGACGGUGGUGCUGAUGAUGCAAUGGCAAUUUUGCUUCUAUUAACAGCGAAUGCCUACUACAACGACUCAUAUUUCAAUGUUGAAGCAAUAACUUGCGUUUAUGGUAACUCUAAAUUGAGCGACGUCGAACAAAAUGUGCUCAAGACACUGUCAAUUGCAAAUGAAAUAAAAAUUCCAGUCUACUCAGGUGCUUCCAAACCGCUGACCCAGAAUCAUACAUCUGAUUAUUUCUUUGGUAAUGAUGGAUUUGGUGAUUUUGAAUUUGAUCAAGAAAUCACUAGUAAUAUUGAUAGAUCAAAGCAUGCAGCAGUUGCAUUAAUUGAUUUAGCUAAUACAUAUCCUGGUGAAUUGAGCAUAAUUGUACUUGGACCAACCACGAAUAUCGCGCUUGCAAUAUCACUGGACCCAACAUUUGUUCAAAAAGUCAAGCGCUUUUAUGUCAUGGGUGGUAGUGUUUCUGGCUAUGGAAAUAGUCGUCCAGGCGUGGAAUUCAAUUUCGGCUUGGAUGCAGAGAGUAAUUUUAUAUUUUUCAAUUCAACUCAAGAAGUGGAUAUUUUAUUACUACCCUGGGAGGCAAAUUUAAUAAUUGAUAUACCAAUGUCAUGGAGAACAGAUGUACUUGGUAUUAUUGAAUCGAAAUACAUGAAAUUUUUAAAUCAAGCAGAAUCAAAAAUUAGAAGAACACGAACUUGGCAACCUUGUGAUUCCUUAAUCGUAGCUGUAAUGAUGUGGCCAAAUUUGAUUACAAGUUCUUUUCUUGUAAAUAUAACACCAAUUAUGGCUGGUGAAGCACGUGGUGGGCUACUUGUUGAUUAUGCACAAGCGACAGCUAAACCAAAAAAUGUUGAAGUUAUUGAUGGAAUCGAUAUUAUAGAAUUCCAAGAUAUUCUUAUAUUAUAUUUUUCAUAA